UGGCACAAAGCAGCAAGCCGUGGCGGUCUUCUCCUUGUCUUUAAUGAACAAAAAAUAUAUAAUACUCCGUGUGUAUGCGCGUAUACAUUUACUGACUCGCAGAUCAUUUCAAUGGGCGACCGUACAUCGAUUGAAUUUUACCGAUUUCUGUAAAACGUCAACCUGGAAUUGUUUCAAAAGCAGAAUGCAGGAGAGAAGGGACUAGCUAGCUCGCCAGCUAGCCUUCCCGGCGUCUGGAUAAAGGGACGAUUUACAACAUUUCUCUUCAAAGUCUUUGAUUGAUUACCGGCAGACUCGAGGAGAUACUCCAAAACGAAGCAUACUCGUCCCGGCUGGAGCCAGAACAGGGGGACCGCCUUGGUGGAUCCCGGGGCAAUCCUCUGGGAUCGGGUUCUGAUAGGAAAUAUACCCCGUGGCUCUGGUCGUGGCCUGGGGGGCAGAGCGCACCUUCGUGGAAUUUCUGAAGUAUUUUUACAAAGGAAAAAAAGAGAUAAGAAAAACAAAAAAACUUGAGAUAACUAACUAGAGCGCUCUGCCAGGGAGUGGAAUUGAUUUUUUUAAAUCAAGUGUGAUUUUGAAUAUUGUGGUUUUAUUUGCUUUUAUUGCAAGCAGAAUGGCGUCCUACGUAGAUAACAGUUUCCGACAGGCGGUAAUGAAGAACCCUGCCGAAAGAACGCAACAGGACCUGGAGAUAGUUUACUCAUACCUCCACGGCAUGGAGGCACUCUCCAACCUGAGAGAGCAUCAGCUGAGGUUGAUGUGUGAAACGGUGCGAUAUGAGAGACACGAAGCCAAUGAAGUGUUAUAUUACCCUGAUGACAUCGGCACCUGCUGGUACAUCCUCCUGUCUGGAUCAGUGUUCAUCAAAGAGUCCAUGUUCCUGCCAAGAAGCAGCUUCGGAAAGCGUUCGGCGGGCAGCCUGAGACGCGGCUGUGAGUGCAUCGUGCUGGAGCCCUCAGAGAUGAUUGUGGUGGACUAUAUGGAUGAAAAUGAGGAGUACUUCCAGAGGCAAGCAUCGCACCGGCAGUCCCGCAGGAGAUUCCGCAAGAUCAACCAGAAGGGCGAGAGGCAGACCAUCAUCGACACGGUGGACCCGUACCCCGUCGGCAAGCCGCCCUUACCCCGGGGAUACCACACGGAAUGCUCUAAAGCCCAGCUUCCUGCAGACUUCUCCAAGCUCCACCUGGCUGACAGCCUCCACCCACAGGUGACCCACGUGUCCUCCAGUCACUCAGGAUGUAGCAUCACCAGCGACUCUGGGAGCAGCAGCCUGUCAGACAUUUACCAGGCCACGGAGAACGAGACCGGAGACAUGGAUCUGAGCGGGCUGCCCGAGACGGCGGUGGACUCAGAGGAAGACGACGAUGAGGAAGAUAUCGAGCGGGCCUCAGACCCCCUGAUGAGCAGGGACAUUGUGCGCGACUGCCUGGAGAAAGACCCCAUGGACAGGACAGACGAUGACAUUGAACAAUUACUGGAGUUCAUGCAUCAGCUGCCGGCGUUCGCUAACAUGACCAUGUCCGUGCGGAGGGAGCUGUGUGCCGUCAUGGUGUUCGCCGUGGUGGAGAGGGCCGGGACCAUCGUUCUCAACGACGGGGAGGAGCUGGACUCCUGGUCAGUGAUCCUGAACGGCUCUGUGGAGGUGACCCACCCUGACGGGCGCACGGAGAUCCUCUGCAUGGGGAACAGUUUCGGCGUGUCCCCCACCAUGGAGAAGGAGUACAUGAAAGGGGUGAUGAAGACCAAGGUGGACGACUGCCAGUUUGUGUGCAUCGCCCAGCAGGACUACUGCUGCAUCCUGAACCAGGUGGAGAAGAACAUGCAGAAGGUGGAGGAGGAGGGCGAGAUCGUCAUGGUGAAGGAGCACCGUGAGCUGGACCGCACCGGUACCAGGAAAGGACACAUCGUCAUUAAGGGCACAACCGAAAGGUUAACCAUGCACCUGGUGGAGGAGCACUCUGUGGUGGACCCCACCUUCAUCGAGGACUUCCUGCUGACAUACAGGACCUUCCUGUCCAGCCCCAUGAUUGUGGGCAAGAAGCUCCUGGAAUGGUUCAACGAUCCCAGCCUCAGGGACAAGGUUACACGGGUAGUGUUGCUGUGGGUGAACAAUCACUUCAAUGACUUUGAAGGUGACCCUGCUAUGACUCACUUUCUGGAAGAAUUCGAGAACAAUCUAGAAAGAGAGAAAAUGAAUGGGCACUUAAGACUGUUAAACAUUGCCUGCGCUGCUAAAGCCAAACUGAGGCUGGUGACCCUCACCAAGCCCUCGCGGGAGGCCCUCCUGCCCUUCACCCUCCUGGGGGGGUCGGAGAAGGGCUUCCGGAUCUUCAUCGACAGCGUGGAGGCCGGCAGCAAGGCCGCCGAGGCCGGCCUGAAACGCGGGGAUCAGAUAUUGGAGGUGAACGGACAAAACUUUGAGAAUGUUCAGCUCUCCAAAGCCACCGAGAUCCUGAAGAACAAUACCCACUUGUCUAUCACUGUGAAAACAAACUUAUUAGUGUUCAAGGAGCUGCUGGCCAGGCCGGCGGAGGAGAAGAAGAACGGCGCUCCUCACCUGCCCAAAAUCGGCGACAUCAAGAAGGGCAGCCGCUACUCCAUCCCCGACCUGGCGGCGGACCUGGCGGUGGACGUGGAGCAGGUCAUGGGUCUGGAGAAGACCGGCAAGAAGACCAAAGCCAACACUGUGGGUGGCAGGAACAAGCUGAAGAAGAUCCUGGACAAAACCCGCAUCAGUAUUCUACCCCAGAAACCCUACAAUGACAUCGGGAUUGGGCAGUCACAGGACGACAGCAUCGUGGGGAUGAGGCAGUCCAAGCAGAUCCCCCCUGCGCUUCCUGUCAGCGGCAACCUGUCAUCCAGCAACCCCGACCUGCUGCAGUCUCACCACCGCAUCUUAGACUUCAACAACCCGCCCGCCCCGGGUGCGAGUAACUUGCCAGAUCAGGUCCUGCGGGUGUUCAAGGCGGACCAGCAGAGCCGCUACCUCAUGAUCAGCCGGGACACCACGGCCAAGGAGGUGGUGGCCCAGGCCAUCCGCGAGUUCGCCCUGACCGCCGCCCCCGAGGCCUACUCCCUGUGCGAGGUGUCCGUCACGCCCGAGGGCGUCAUCAAGCAGCGCCGGCUGCCCGACCAGCUGUCCAAACUGGCCGACAGGAUCCAGCUCAGCGGAAGGUACUACCUGAAGAACAACAUGGAGACGGAGACGCUGUGCUCGGACGAGGACGCGCAGGACCUGCUUCGGGAGAGCCAGCUGUCCCUGCUGCAGCUGAGCACGGUGGAGGUGGCCACACAGCUCUCCAUGCGCAACUUCGAGCUCUUCUGCAGCAUCGAGCCCACCGAGUACAUCGAUGACCUCUUCAAGCUGCGCUCCAAGAGCGGCGCCGCCGCCAACCUCAAGAAGUUCGAGGAGGUCAUCAACCAGGAGACCUUCUGGGUGGCCUCGGAGAUCGUGCGCGAGCCCAACCAGCUGAAGAGGAUGAAGAUCGUCAAGCACUUCAUCAAGAUCGCCCUGCACUGCCGGGAGUGCAAGAACUUCAACUCCAUGUUCGCCAUCAUCAGUGGGCUGAACCUGGCACCAGUCUCCCGCCUACGGGGCACCUGGGAGAAGCUGCCCAGCAAAUACGAGAAGCUGUUCCAGGACCUGCAGGACCUGUUCGACCCGUCCAGGAACAUGGCCAAAUACCGCAACGUUCUCAAUAACCAGAACCUGCAGCCUCCCAUAAUCCCCCUCUUCCCUGUCAUUAAGAAGGACCUCACGUUCCUGCAUGAAGGCAACGACUCCAAAGUUGACGGUUUGGUGAAUUUCGAGAAGCUGCGGAUGAUUGCUAAAGAGAUCCGGCACGUUGGGCGUAUGGCCUCCGUCAACAUGGACCCGGCACUGAUGUUCAGGACCAGGAAGAAGAAGUGGAGGAGUUUGGGGUCGCUGAGCCAGGGCAGCGCCAACGCCGCCAUGCUGGACGUGGUGCAGACGGGCGGCCACAAGAAGCGCGUGCGCCGCAGCUCCUUCCUCAACGCCAAGAAGCUGUACGAGGACGCGCAGAUGGCCCGCAAGGUCAAGCAGUACCUGUCCGACCUGACGCUGGACACCAGCGAGGACAGCCUGCAGGCCAUGUCACAGCAGUGCGAGCCUUCCAGCAACACACUGCCUAAGAACUCCGGUGAGAAGAAGAAGCCUGACACAUCCCCUGUGGUUCCGCGAGCGGCCAGCCAGCAGAAAGCACAGCAGCAGCAGCAGCAGCAGCAACAGCAGCAGCAGAAAGGGCACCAGGCCCUGCAGGUGCCCGCUGUCGCCCUCUACCCGUCUCGCAAGAAAGUGCCAGUCAAGGACCUGCCGCCAUUCGGUACAAGUUCACCACAAGCCUUGAAGAAAAUCUUGUCCUUAUCAGAAGAGGCAAGUGAGCGACAUAAAAAGCAGACGGAGGACACCAUCUCCAACGCCUCCUCCCAGCUGUCCUCCCCACCCACCUCCCCCCAGAGCUCGCCCAGAAAAGGUUACCCCCUGGCUCCGAGCGGGACGGUGGACAACUUCUCCGACUCGGGUCACAGCGAGAUCUCCUCGCGGUCCAGCCUGGUCAGCAACUCGUCCUUCGACCUGAUGGGCGAGGAGAGGCGGCAGCGGCUGUCGGUCAGCGCGGUGGACGCCGGCAUGGGCAUGGGCGUGAGGCUGGAGCGCCGGCCCACGCUGGACCCGGAUCAGUACAGCCUGGGGUCGUACGCCUCUAUGCACGAUGGCCGCGCGCUGUACGCGGGGGCCACGGUGCUGUCGUCGCCCAGCUCGGAGGAGCUGACCCAGGAUCAGGGCGACCGCGCUUCGCUGGACGCCGCCGACAGUGGGCGCGGCAGCUGGACAUCCUGCUCCAGUGGUUCCCACGACAACAUCCAGACCAUCCAGCACCAGCGCAGCUGGGAGACGCUGGCCUUCGGGCACGGCCACUAUGACGGCCCCGCCGAAGCGGUGGCGGCCGGGGCGGGGCACUGGGCCGCGGGCGGCGCCGCCGACCCCCUGGCGUUCGCGGGGCGGGCCGGCGGGCAGGAGCACGGACAGGCCCGGGGCAGCUGGGCUUCGUCCACGGGGUACUGGGGCGAGGACUCCGAGGGGGACACGGGCACCAUAAAGCGCAGGGGCGGCAAGGACGUGAGCGCCGACCCCGAGACCAGCAGCAUCACGUCCAUCACCUCCGAGGACUCCAAGCAGCACGGCCGGGCCUCCCACAUAACCGUCACCUCCAGCAACGCCAAGAGUCUCAUUGCGCGGAAAGAAGGCAGAUUCCGAGAGCCCCCUCCCACCCCGCCCGGCUACACCGCCCUGACCAUUACGGACUUUGCCGAGGGGCAGCCCCACUCGGGCCGCAAGCCCCCGGACUAUAACGUGGCGCUGCAGCGGUCACGGAUGGUGGCGCGCUCCUGCGACUCCCCCCUGCCCCCCUCCCAGCCCGGCUCGCGGCCCAGCAGCCGGCCGCAGUGGGGCAAGUCGGUCGACGGGGACCCCCGGCCCCCCCACUUCCAAUCGCAAGGGCUAUCGGCCGAGGAAGAGGAGGAGGAGGAGGGUGAGUCCUUGUCUCCCAAACUUAUUCCUCAGAGGAAGACAGUGGCUUAUACACCUGAGACUACCAGGCCAUGACUUACAGGCAGGCGAGAGGCAGAAGAUGAACAGGUGUCUGCUGUGUGAGGUCGCCCCCUGCUGGAUGUUGUUUGCAGUGGUGAGAGCUGCCUGUUUGGAGAGUGUGGGACACACACAGGGUGCUGGAGCCUGUAGGAGGCGCUGUCCUCCUCUGUCUCCUGUUCAGUGGACCCUGCUCAUCUCCUGCCUUAAAUCAGCCUGGGGGCUCUGUGUACCCCGCAUGAGAAAUACUGUGAAAUAGAAAAAAAAAAAACUAACUAAAAAAAAUCGCCUUGGCACUUUGGAAAAAAAAAAAACUGUCGCUUGAAAAACAAAAAAAUGCACAGUGGUGUAACAUUCACAUGCUGCCGCUGUCACUUUUCAUAACGAGCACCAUUCCAGGACUCCGAUUCCCAGAAUUCCCGGGGUCCUGUUUACAUGCACCAUCACCAGUCAUCGAGCAUCGGCUGCACUUUUUACACCCUCCCAUUUUAUGAAGGAAAACUGAAUAUUACCCCCCCCACACACACACACACACACACGGUUUUCAGCUUCCCCCUCCUCCACCUCUUUCAGAACUGUAGCACUCCGGAUGAAGACGAGCGAAGAUUGUGCAGAUUUCCCACAAUCCUUUGCAGUUUUAUACAUUGUUGUGCUUUUGAGGACAAACGUGUAAAUGAGUCUCCAUGACUACAGUAUUAUUUUACCUGAUUUUUAGGGGUUUUAUUUUGUAAUGUUUUAACUAAAACUGGAUGGAGUUGCAGUGAGAGGCGCCAGCAGGUGCGGUGUCUCGGGCUGGCUGGAGUGUUCCUGCGUGACCUCACGGACUGGGUCAGCUCUGGGAGCCACGCGUUUUGGCCCCCCAGUCUUCACUGUCUGACUGCCUCUGUGUGUGAACGGACCUGAUGAAUUAAAACUCUUGUCGAUAGUUGCGAUGAUAGAUUUUUGCUGCAUGUCUAAAGAAGGCUGGCUUAUAACAACCUGCUCUCUGCUGCUAAGUAACCCUGUUUAAGGACUGAAGAGUAAAAAUGUUUUAUUGUUUUUUUGUUUUUUUCCGGAAGGCUGCCAACCUGAGUAGUACUCAAAUGUGAGGAACUGCUGGUCUUGUUUUUUUUUUUUUUUUUUCUUUUAAUUAUUAUUAUUCGUUUAGUUGAACUGAUCAUAUUGAUCAGUAUGUAAAAUUAGAUUUUAUGAGAGUGCAGUUUUUUUUCACUGUAUCGUG